AUGUCGCAUCAAAGAAAAGCAUCGGCGCUUUCAUUUCUCGGGGGAGCUCUGUGCGGAUUGGGUUGGCUCAUGUUUGUAGAUGCGCUCUGUGUUGGAGGUUUCUUGACCUCGGGGGAUGACUUGUACACGUGCACCAUGACAGCAACACCCGUAUGCUUAGCCACGCUCUUCAUUCUCACCCUCAACAUUACCAGUGUGGACGACAUGCGAGAGUCCUAUUUUAGCUAUGGGCUGUAUGCUCUGUCGUGGGGUCCGUCGUCAAUCUUGUAUAUGGCAGCUGGACAGGACGAACUCCACGGCAGUCAUGGCUCGACGGCGUUGUAA